UGUUUAAUAAAAAAUAUGUUUUUCUUCUUAAUUGCAGUGCUCUUUCCACGUCAUACUAAUAAAGAAACUAGAGAUAAUACCAUUAAUUUAAUACAUAUGUUCCGAGAUUAUUUACAUUACCACAUUAAGUGUUCAAAGGCUUAUAUACACUCUAGAAUGCGUGCAAAAACCUCAGACUUCUUAAAAGUUCUUAAUCGUGCAAGACCAGAAGCUAAAAAUAUGGAAAAGAAGACUAUAACGGGGAGAACAUUUAUACGCAAAGAAUGAUUUAUGGACCAUGUCUAGUUGUCUUUUUUUAUUAAAUGUAUUAAUUUUGUAUUAUUAAAGAAAACUAAUAAAAUAAUAAUAAACAUACGAAGUAAACAAA